ACCAAAACAAAAUCCUACAUAUUGUCAUAUUACAAACAACAUUUAUUCUGUGAAAUGAACCAGGUUUGGGUGUUCUUUAAGCUAAUUGAGGUUGUGCUGGGCAUUAUGUGCAUGUUUUUUCACAUGCGGGGCUCAUCGUACUGGCCCGAGCGAAUUCCGCACAUCAUCCUGUACUGUGCCACGUUUCUGUCCUUCGCAGUGCUCGCAGCAUUGGGAGCUUUUCGACUGAUGCUGACCCGGAGUUCCGUGCUCUCCUCGCAGCUCCUGCUCACGCUGAGCGCCGCGAUCGCUCACUACUUGUGCGGCGUGCUGAUAAUGCGGACCGCGAUGCUGGACCCGCACUUGACUGCUAUGAACUCCAGCAUCGAGUACCUGGAGCACCCGCACUUCGCACACUGCAAGCAGCAAAGCAUUGCUGCGCUGAUCACAGGCACCAUGUACCUGAUGCACAUGUUCCAUGUGUUCGACCUGCUGAUGCGGAUGGAGCCGGGGGACUGGCGGCGCCAGGCGACAGGACGAAUGGUCUCCGUGAAAUUCGAAGCCACAGCGGGCCGUACCGCCGGUUUGUUUGUACUUUCCAAGCCGGUGGACGACCUUCUGUGCCGCUGCUGCAAAUGCUACUUCAAGUUGGCCCACUCCCAGCCACUGCGCUUCCGGCUGAACGCCGAUGUGGAUCAGGUGAACUUCGUGGCUCGCAUGUGGCAGAUCUUGGAGGAUGCACGGAUCAAGUUCUUCACCCUGCAUCAUGUCGAGAGCGACGAAAGCUUUCUGUCCACGCCGACGAUAACAAGUGACUCUGAAAUUUUGCCAGUCACUUCCGAGUACGGGGCUUCAAUGGAGGAGGGGGAUAAAGGUCUUCGAGCAUCAUCCAUCUGGCGUGGCCCCAGUGAUUCUUCUAGCAUAUGGGCCCAGAUCGAGGACAGAAGCACAUUUCACGUCGCUUCAAACAGGUCGAGUUUGAGCAGUGAAGCCACUAUGAAGCCGGCGCAGAUGGAUCGCAAGAUCAACCGGCGGAUAUCUGGUUGGGCAGACAACGACAGAAGGGAGAAGUCUGAGAUCCUGCUAGUGGAGCAGGGGUCGAGCUAUUCCCGCCUCAGAGCGAUGAGCAAUGCUGAACUGCUUCAAAAACGCAAAUAUGAAGAACAAACUAAGGAGGCUGGUGAACAACCACAAAAAGAACCAAAAGCAUCAACUCGUAAUGCUAAUGUUACUGAUGAAACCAAGAUAAAAGUGGAGGGUGCUUCAAAAUUGAACUAUUCUUCUGACGACAAAAAUGAUUUAAAAGAAGUAUCUGAUGUCAGUUCGAGGACAAAGGAUUGAAUUAAUCAAGGCACGUCGACUCUGCAAGCACCAAGCAAGUAACUUGCUGACUACUUAGAUACUUAGUAAAUUAUUGUUUUAAAAUAGCUCCUUUUGAAUUAAUAGAGUUACUUGUGGGUG